AUGCAUGCGCGCAUUGGUGUCGUCUACCUCGGCCGCCACGUUGACAAGUCGGGCACCCUCGCGCUGCGCCAGAAGCUCAAGGCGGAGACGGGCAAGGCACCACAGGCAUCACAAGGCAAGCGCAAGGCGCAGGCACUGGUAGCGGCACCGGCACCGGCCAAGAGUCGCCAGAAGACGAUGGACCCUAACGCCAAGCACAGCGCCGAGUAG